CUGUUCUUAUUUUGCUAUAGAUCUACUGAGGGACAAUAGUAUGGAAGGUCUACAACUGAAUGGAAUUUCUGUUCUUGAUGACCAUCGUGAUGAAUUUGGAGAUGUAGGUGACUCUGCAUCGCAACUGAACAUGCGUGGUGUCUUCCUUCAUGUGUUGGGAGAUGCCCUGGGCUCUGUCAUAGUGGUGGUAAAUGCACUGAUAUUUUACUUCAUUUGGAACCCAUGUCCUGAAAAUGGCCCAUGCAUUAAUAAGUGUUUACAUGAUCAUUGUGUUGAUCGAGAACAUCUAAAUGGCACACAGUCAAACAUAUCUGAAAAUAGUAAAAACAUUCCAGAAGCUGGACCCUGUUGGGUGUUGUUCUUGGAUCCCACUUUAUGUUGUAUUAUGGUAUGUAUUUUGUUGUACACAACGUAUCCUCUUCUGAAGGAAUCUGCUCUUAUUCUGUUACAAACAGUCCCUAAACAAAUAGAUAUGGAGUUAAUAAAUGAGAAGCUGCGCAACUUGGAAGGUGUACUAGCUGUACAUGAGCUUCAUGUCUGGCAGUUAGCUGGUAGUAGAAUUAUUGCAACCGCCCAUAUUAAAUGUCGUGAUCCAACUGCUUACAUGGAUGUAGCAAAACGUAUUAAAGACUUUUUCCAUGAUGAAGGAAUCCAUGCCACAACCAUCCAGCCGGAAUUUGCUUCAGUAAACUCUGAAUCACGUAUUUCCCUUUGUGAACUGCCAUGCAAGACUCAGUGUGCCUUAAAGCAGUGUUGCGGUAAUGGUGAGAAGUCCUCAAGUGAUUUAAAGUUGGAAACUCCAUCCACUCAUUCUCUUGAGGUCAUCAGGGAAUCUCCUGAACAUCCCAAUAUGAGGACUCAAAGAAAUGAGACUUGCAGCAAUCCUGCAAAAAGCAAAGACACACAAUAUGAAUCAGCUGUGUAAAUUUAGUCAGUCUAAUUUUAAGUGACGUGGUACUUUAUUGACAUUAAAAUAUUGGGGUUGUCAACUGGAAUUGAUUGGCACUGAGCUAAAAUAAUAGUGGUGCCUAACAAAUGUUAUUGAACUUGUUCCACUGCUCCUUGAUUUAUAUAUGGCACAUUCCAAAGCAAACUUAUGGACAGCUGAUCAGAAUCUACUUGAAUCUGUUCUCACCGCUUUGGGACAAGCAAUGUGGAUAGUGCAUCACUGACUGUCAGCGGAAAAUGUAUUUAAUUAUUAUUAAAGGCUGUAACAUUUUGCAAACUUAGGUUUUUCUAUAAACACUUUUUAUAUAGAAUGAUGUAACAGUUUUACAUCAACUUGUAAAACUCCUUGUCUCCACCAAGUUGAGUUGCUGCUAUAUAAAACUAGGGGAGGGUAGUAGUGUGAAAAGCAGUCCAUUAAAUCCAGAAUGUUAAACCUAAUAAUUGGUAUUACAUGUGGGUAAUUUGCUUUGGUGUGGUUAAAAUGUGACCCUUUUUAUCCCCUCUAGCUUGAAAAUUACAUUUAUUGUAUUGCUCUAAAUUAUUAGAUAGCAGAAAUGUUUUUGAUGCAGAGUGAUCUGUUAAUUCUUGCAUCAAUCCAGUUAAUUAUAACCAGUAUUCGUAAGUAAUGCUUUAUCACUCUGUCUUGAAUUUGUACCCCAGCCAAUAACUUGUUUCUGUCUCUUUUUGAGGAAUGAUGUCCUUCUGGACCAGUGAUUUAUGUUUUUUUAAAAAAAAUAUACAUUGAAAUCUGCAAGAA